AUGAUGUUCAAGACUGUUAUUGUGGCGCUGGGUGCGCUUAUGAUGGGUGUGAGGGCUGAGGCUGCUGUUGACCCUGCCGUGCAAGAUGCCGUCCUUAUGGCUCUCGCCAAGGUAAUUCCCAAGGACGAAAUCGCCUACGCCCUCGCAUCUCCCGCCGCCUUCGCCGCCGGCGUGCAAUCCUGCAUCUCAGAAGGCAAGCCGCCAACAUGGUACUCUACAAUCCCCACGAGCAUCGUCACUCUGCUGCCUGAAGUGUACCCCCAUGAGACAUCCGCCACUCCCACUCCCACUCCCACGCCCACCCCGACUCCCACUCCUACCCCCUCUGCCACGCCUUCCAGCUCCGCGGCCCCCAAGAGCAGCAGCGCUAUUGUCUCUAGCUCCAGCACUUCCAAGCCUAUGCCUUACCCAACUGUUGGCCUGAACAGCACUGUCGUUAUGCCUACCAUGACUGCCACUGGCAUUGUCAGUGUCACAUUGACACCUAGCGGUACUUCCGCCGAACCUGCCAUUCCUACCUUUACUGGCGCUGCUUCUAAGCUUUCUUUCAGCGCUGGUGUUGGUGCGGUAGUGGGUCUUGUCGGUAUGCUCGCCUUGUAA